UCUUCAUCGAUUGCGAUGUUCAUGAUAAUGAUACUCAGGAUGUAUUCGCCUAUAUGGGUAUCGCUUAUUCUACCCGUCGCGAGCGUUUCUGUGUUUUGGAAUGACACAUCUCCUGGGUCUACAACAACAACAACAACCACCGGCAGCCUGGCAAACAUAACUUUGUCAACGAAAACAUCUGCUUGCCAAACAACCGUGACGCAAAUUAGCCCUUACACUAAGACAGCCAUCGAGACGAGAGGUUAUAACGUAGUCACUCGAUAUACAACAAUAACUAAAACGAGAACUUACUAUCCAUCAACCAGUUCCCCAAAUAGCUCAAUAAGAAAAAGAGAUGAUCCGUCCAUCGCAGGAGAGAGAUCCGGGUCCAGGACUCCAAAUACUCCGGAUACCCCGAUUUUCACCCAGCCACCCGUAUCAUCAGGGAUAAACGCGUGUCUUACCAUCACUACCACAAGAAUGCCGACCUAUACUGUGACAACACUUGAAAUUGAGCAACGCACGAGCAUCCUGACCGAAACAUUAAUACGGUCAUACUUCAUUACACCUCCCAAGCCCACCUUUACGGAGACAACAACAACACAGAAUGGAAACGACAAUAAGCCGGAACCACCAAGAACAAGCACAUGGUCUUCAGCCAUCACAACACUCCCCAUUCCGGAACCCGGAGAAACUUUCUCUCUCCCUCCAGACCCCACUACCUCUUUCGUACUUCCCACCCCGAGCGUAGGCCAGCCUACUGUAUUGCCUUCUUCUAGAACACCCGUGCCGAUUGGGACUUUUAUGCCAUUACCUCAUGCCACGAACCCUGGAAAUCCCGUAACCUCAUCACCCGGCCUCGGUCUCCACCUCGGCAACGGCGCGACACUCCUCCCAGGCUCUGCAACUACCCUCUCAAACCAAGUUAUUUCACUACCGGCUACACCGAGCUUCAUCCAGAUAAACGGCAACACUUUCCCACUACUCCCAAGCGCAACUUUCCCUCCCAAUCCCAACCCUCCGUCUUCUCCACCCCAGAACGGCGAUAAACCAAAUCCAUCUAGCGGAGCCAUUUCCACAGCAGGCAAGCCAACAUACACAGUCAGCACCGCCCCACUCCCAUUCUCGUUACUAUCCACAUACCUCCUCAAUGGCACUAAAGGCAGUAACGGAGGAGGAGAGGCGAAACCUCUAUUCAGCCUCACGCUACCAGACGGACACAUCCUCUCUAUAUCACCCGAGGAUCUGAAACAAACAAGCGAUAAAGCUAGGAAAACUUACACGUACAAAGGCCACCUUAUAUCGCUUUCGUAUAACCCCGGAAUUGGUGAGGUGGAGCUCAUGGUCGAUGACCAGCGGAUCUCUUCGUUUUCGCCUAUCCUCGCGUCAAGCGUGCUGAGGAGCGGCGAUGCGAUUUUUUCGUUUGAGAGUGUGAUAGGAGGUGCGGUGCGUUUGUUUGAUGGGGAGGUGGGUUUGGUCUCUGUGAAUGGGAUGGGGGGUGAUGGUGAUAUCGGAGGUAUUUUAGGGAUAGAGGGUGUUUCGCUUGUUUUGGAACAUGGGGGUAUCGUUGUGACGAGUAAUCAGGGUGGUGGGGGUGAAGGUGGGACUAAUCACGUGGAGAAAGAAAGUGCGAUUCGGUCGACGACAAGUAGUGGGAUGUCUACGCUGUUCACGGAGCUGCCAAAUGGUUUGUUCAGUACAGGGGAGCUGUCGGUACCGGGUGCGACCCAGACCUCCUCACCUUCUGCGGUGGCAAGUGACAGUUUCGGCGAGACACGAUUUAGUUUUCACGGGAAGAAAGUACUUGGGGUCUGGUUGAUGGGGUAUCUUGCUGUAAUUUAGUCGGGGCCAGGCGAGUUGCCUAUUUUGUACAAUAUUCGAUCCUUUCCGGAGAUUCACAUGUUCAGCGCUUUGUAAGGGUCACAUGUAUUCUAUUCAAAUGAUUCUGGUUUGAUUCUAAGACUGAUCUACACCCUGGGUUUCUUUUCAUCGAUCACCAGAAUUACUUCGUCAAGCUGUUCCGUCGAGAUAAAAUCUCGAAGUACGAUUAUCUCAUCACAUACUUCG